UGCACUAGAGAAACCAGCCAUGGGGAUGACUGUGGUGAUUGUGGUCUUAGCUGUGCUCAUGCCGCUACAACAAGCGUCGGGACAGACAACAGACCAGGGCGAAGAGGAUGCCACUAUGCAGGCUGUAGAGUUUGUGGAGAGGGAACUCGGGAUAUCGGAGCAGCAGUCCGCAGGAGAGGCUCCGGAGCAGACUUCAGGAGAGACAGCUACCCUGACGGUACCCUGGCCCUGCCAACAGAGUAUACGGGAAAGGCUGGUGUGUGUCCGGGAGGCUGGAGCGACUCAGUUGGACGAGCUCCAGGCAAACCUGACCAAGCUCCAGGGAACAGUGGCUCAUCAGGACGCUAAGAUUGCCGACUUGACAGCAAGACUCCAACUUCUUGAACAAGGUAACAACAAGCCAGCAUCCUGCUCCGAAGCGAAGUCCCAGAACCCCGAGGCCGGUGACGGCGAGUACACACUUUACCCCUUUUCAACGAACAAGGAUGUAUCCCUCCGCGUCUAUUGCCACGGCAUGGCAUCAGGGAACCCAAAGGAGUUCCUGUCCCUCCCAGCCGGUCCUGACUACAACUACGCCACUGUCGUUUCCGAUCGACUCGUCGACUCAAGUCAAUGGCACUGCACCGGCCCGCUACAGGACCCGUAUGCCUCCCGUGCCGGGACCACGAAGUUCAGCAAACUUAGAAUCCAGUUUGAUGCGUCCAAGGUUGAGGUUAUCCGAGAUGACUACACCUUUGCCCAAACCACUGGGCCCAACGAUGUAGAUUACGGGCACGCAGGUGACUGCUAUUCAGCUAACCAGGAGUGUGCGAAGGGAACGUUCAGGGUCAACCUGACCGGGACGGACCUCGCGCUGGCACCAAAGGUUCACUGGGUCAUGGAGGAGCGUUAUCCGGAGUCUCUCACCAUCAACGACAUGUUCAUCUCCGAGGAUAGGAAGGUUGCCUCUGCCCGCUGUGGUGGAUGGUGCGGCCACUGCUGGCCCGCGGGAAAGAAAAUGCAUCUGACCAAGGAGGUGACAUACCCUCAAGCGUCCUGUCCGCAAAACGACAGUCUCGUACUACCCAGUGGUAAGACGUACUACGCCGGUGAAAACAGCUCGACCUAUAGCAGUGCACAGGAGGACUGCGGGCGACGAGGCGGCAUCGUUGCGAUACCAAGGGACGACGAGGAACAACGGGGCCUGGUGUUUCUAAAGAACUGCGUCAACAGUGGCGAUCAAUUCUGGCUUGGGAUAGAGAAGACUGCGGGUACUUGGAAAGACAGCAGGGGCACGUCACUGGGCAGUUUUACGAGCUGGGCACCCGGAGAGCCAGACGAUUUCGACAACGGUUUCAGCUGUGCGCACGUCGUCUUCGGGGAUAAAGUGGGGGAACGUCGAGACAACUGGGCAGACGCACACUGCGGCGCACACUACCGCUACGUCUGUGAGAUAGAAGAUGGCUUAGUUACAGGGGAAGUGAACCUGGCUCUUGGUAAGACAGCAACGCAGAGUUCCGACUACGUUCACUUGGAGGAAGCCUUGGGGGCCGGAAAGGCUGUUGACGGUUCCAGAGCGACCGAUAUUGGGCAAGACAAAGCCUGUACUCACACUCAGCGAGACUACCAACCAUGGUGGAAGGUGGACUUGUCACGUACCUACACAGUCCAGAGGGUCAGCAUCCUUAAUAGGGGCGACUGCUGUGGAGAAAGAUUGAAGGACUUCGCGGUUCGGGUCGGCCCGAAUGAGGACUUUUCCCUGAAUGGUCAGUGCGGGGAGACGUACACGGACACACCGACCGAUGGACAGACUAUCGUGGUGUACUGCAACCCACCGAUAUCCGGCCGUUAUGUCUCCGUACAGCUGAUGGGACGGGAAGACUACUUAUCACUGUGUGAGGUGGAGGUGUAUGCUGAGACAGGUGAUGAUGAUGUUCGUCCAUCAGAAGUCGAUGAGGACCUUGACAUUAGUUCUGAGACAGUUGAUUGGCUUGCACGGGAUUCGUCAUGGGUUGUGGACUACACCGGCGGAGGUGUUGCCGCACAAGCCCUGGAUGGGGACGAUGCAACAUUCUGGAACCCCCAUGGUGUGGAACGGUACCUUAAUAACUGGUACAUUGCACUGGACCUAACAGCGCCCGCAACCCUAACACGCAUCGCAAUCGACCAAUACGGAGACACCCGGCAUGACAUUGCAGCCUUCAAGUUGCAAACAUCGCAGGUAGGGAGUCCGUACGACUGGAAGGACGUCGCGUCCUUUACCAACGUGCAGGGAGGGACGGACGGGCGGCAGGAGUUCGGCGGUUUUCAGGGAACAGCGCGGUACUGGAGGUUCGUGGUCACUGAGACCCACAAGGGCUUUCAGCCAUGGCUCAGAGAACUGAACUUCUACGGAGUCCCACCAGCAUCUUCCUGGUCAGCCUCCUCCCAGUAUGAUUCACGUCACUCAGCUGAUCGCGCUGACAUCAACUCUCGCGAGACUUCAGAUAAAGCCGGCGCAUGGGCAGCAGUAACCAACGACCAGGACCAAUGGCUGAUGAGGGAUCUGGGUGAGGUGAAAGUCGUGACAGGCGUCAUCACCAAAGGCAGGGACUACAGCCCUGAUUGGCCGCAUGAGCCACAUGACCAAUACGUCACUUCUUACGUCAUUUCAUACGGCGUGGAAAACGGCGAUGAGAAGUUCUACACCAAUGCGAAAGACGAGAUUACUGUUUUCGCAGGGAACUCAGAUCGUGAUGGGGAGGUCCAUCAUGACUUCAGGAACUACAGCGGUCCCGACACUCUCACGGCGCGCUUCGUCAAAAUCCACCCCCGAACCUGGCAUCAGCAUAUCUCUAUGCGGGCGAAGAUCAUAACUUCUGCAUCUUCCUGGUCAGCCUCCUCCCAGUUUGAUUCACGUCACUCAGCUGAUCGCGCUGACAUCAACUCUCGCGAGACUUCAGAUAAAGCCGGCGCAUGGGCAGCAGUAACCAACGACCAGGACCAAUGGCUGAUGAGGGAUCUGGGUGAGGUGAAAGCCGUGACAGGCGUCAUCACCAAAGGCAGGGACUACAGCCCUGAUUGGCCGCAUGAGCCACAUGACCAAUACGUCACCUCAUACGUCAUUUCAUACGGCGUGGAAAACGGCGAUGAGAAGUUCUACACCAAUGCGGAAGACAAGAUUACAGUUUUUGCAGGGAACUCAGAUCGUGAUGGGGAGGUCCACCAUGACUUUAGUAACUACAGCGGUCCCGACACUCUCAGGGCGCGCUUCGUCAAAAUCCAUCCCCGAACCUGGCAUCAGCAUAUCUCCAUGCGGGCGAAGAUCAUAACUUCUGUCUGUCCCAGCGGUUACGUACCGUUCCGAGAUGGAGACAGAUGCUUCAACUUCUCCAUCGGCCAGAAGAACUACACCGACGCCAGGUCGGCCUGCCAGGCUGCCGGCGGGCAUCUGGCUAUGCCUAAGGACCAGGCAACAAACGACUUCCUGGUCAACCAGAUCCGCGGCAGGUACCCCAAUGGCUCGGACGUCUGGUUCGGCCUGACAGACCAGGCAGAUGAGGGAAGCUUCCUGUGGGAAGACGGGACGCCGCUCGUCGGCUGGACUGACUGGUGCACAGAACAACCUGACGACUAUGAAACUGGCGAGGACUGUGUUGAGUGGUGGGAUAGUUGUGACUACAAGUGGAACGAUGUUCCAUGCACUGUUAGUCGGUAUUACGUGUGUGAAGCCGGUGCAAUUGCACCCGGUCCCUAGGCAGACACACGCCGUGUAAAGUGAGUGUAAUGUUCCAAACCGAAAGAGGUUUAGCACGACUUACAAGAAAUUCGAGAGUGGUUCCAGCAUGCAUUGUUGGUGUGGAGGCGUUUGUUUAAUUAUGUGGUAGUCAUUCUACUUGUCUAUCCAUCCCAGUACAUGUGGGAC